AUGAGUAUCCAAUCUAAUGUCAUAGGGCUUUGUACUGUAGCUUUUGUGUUGCUGGUACCGCCGCUAGCGUGGCACUCGCAGAACAAAAAUGUGCCAGCCAUAGUUCUGAUCAGUUGGCUGAUAGUAAUGAAUUUGUCGUAUAUUGUCGCGGCUUGCGUGUGGAGUGGCGAGGAUUUUGCGAGUAGGUGGAGCGGGAAGGGAUGGUGCGAUGUAGUGGUGAAGCUGCAGGUUGGAGCGAACGUUGGUAUUUCUUGUGCGGUGGGAAAUAUCGUUAAUAACCUGCACUCGGUUCUGAAGGCAGAUUCGGUGCUGCCGGAAGCCGGUUCCUGGCGCAAAAUCGGCAGGGACCUGGCGGUGUGCCUGGUUCCGCCCGUAGUGAUCAUGGGACUUUCGUAUUUGGUCCAAAUGUACCGAUUCGGUGUGACCAGGUACUACGGGUGUUUGAACCUGUUGUCGCCCACUUGGGUGACCACCGUGCUUUACACUAUGUGGCCCUUCGUGGCGUCGACGGUUGCGGCGGUGUAUGCGUCCAUGGUUCUCUACAUCUUCUAUAGGAAGAGGAAGGAUGUCAAAGACAUUUUGCAUUGCACAAACUCGAAAUUGAACCUGACGAGGUUUGCGAGGUUGCUGAUUUUCUGCUGCCUGAUUAUCUUGGUGAUGUUCCCGCUGUCGAUUUAUGCGCUUGUCGAAGACGUCAAGAGUUUCAAUGGCCACUACAGUUACAAAGAGACGCAUUCGAGCGCACUUUGGAAUGUGAUACCAAAGAUCGACGCAGGUGGCAGACUGCUCACGGUCUGGAUUUACGUGCUGAUGUCGUACUUGGUCUUUUUCAUCUUUGGGUUGGGAGCUGACGCUCUCCACAUGUACGCCAACUUCCUGCGUUCGAUUAAGUUAGGUUUCAUUGUGGACGCUCUAGGGAGAUUGAUUGAGAAGAGCAAAGAUCGCAAGAUCGCCAAACUGUUGGGCAAGAUCUCAAGUAGCGAGUACAAGGAUGAAUUCUUCUCCGAUUCGUCUAUGGAAAAGAGCGAUGGUAAUUACUCAUCAGACAGUCCUCAGUCGCAGGCACAUUUUGUCGUUGACUACAGAACACCUUAUGAGAGUAGCAAAAAGAGUCGAAAUAAGAGAGGAAUCCGCAUAGGGUUUGAGAAGACGACAACUUCAGAUGUUGAAGAAGGUACCGACGGGUUCAACCCCUUCUUGUCGCAAAAGCUCUCUGAAGAAGACAGUACAUCGCUAGACGGUCUUUCACAACUGUCUUUUGGUAGAACUAACACCGAAAACUACGACCUAGAGAAAAAUGGCGGUAUUGUAAUGUAUCAGCCCAGAACAUGCGAUAGUGGCUCUAGCUCCGACGAUUACAAGACGGUUAGCUACACCACAUCGCCAAAUUCGAAGUAG